AGGGGGCGCUUUUGAUCCAUGGCGAAAAUUAUCAAGAUGGCGGCGCCCUGAGCGAAAAAAGCGCUUGCGAUACUUCUUCUCAAUUUCACCUACUUUGCACCUUUACCGCCUCCUUCCUCGAAUUCUGCCAACUACCUUUGACAAGUUUAGGUGAUGAAGUGUCCAUAAUGCUAAGAAGAGGGACGAUAUUACGAGUUUUAACGAGACAAUGUUCAAGGGAAACCGCAAGAUGUCUCGGACCGUCACGUCUUCUCAAAGUUCCUCUUCCUCUUGACCGAAGAUCCGUCCUAGGUGGACCGUCGAACUGUCAACUCAGCACACUACGGCUUGAUACAAGAAUAGAGAGAAGUUUUGCUCCAGUGUUAAAUUUUUCACGGACUUAUGCUUCAAAGAAAGGUAAAAAAGGAGCCCAGAAGCCAGCCGAGCCCUCCGACUCAGAGGACAGUGAUGAGGAAGACGAGAAGGACCCUUUAGAGGAUGACAGUGAUUAUGAAGACGUUGAUGAUUCCAGCGAGCCCAAGGACUACAAGGACAUCACCAGGGUCGUUCCUUCUGUACGUUUGGAUGCUGUCCUGAAGGCUGGGCUGGACACCUCCAGACAUAAAAUUGAGGAGGAAUUCUAUUCCAACAAAAUCAGGGUGAACGGACAGAAAGUGCUGAAAAAGAGCAUAUCGUUGAAGGAAGGGGACAUGGUUGACCUGAUCCGGACCACACAGACAGAACAGGAGAGAAUGAUGAGCGUCUCGCGGGUCGUGCUGCUGAAGACAGAAAACAGGACGACUCAGUCGGGGAACACGUACGUGCAGCUGAGGAGAUGGAAGGCUCUGCUCAUCCCCAACCCCAAGAAGAGACAGGGAGUCACGGAACAGACGGAUGAAUAA